CGCUCCCGGCAGAGGGGAGUGGGCUCGAGCCGUAAUUCAGUUAUGUGCAUUCGGGGAGUGAGGGGUUGCGAGGAUGGAAGUCAUUGCUGAGAAUUAAACAUUCGCUCACCCAUCGCUCUCUCUGUCAGCACCGGACGGAAAAUAUUAAAUGAUCAAUGAACAGACAUGCAGUUGUGAGAAAUUGUCGUUCAAGACCGUAGAGCUAAAUAACUCAGAAUACAGUAAUAAUACAGGCUACGUAAUAGCGGCACCUCUUUAGUCUGUGUUAAAUCGAUUGCGCUCUGGCUUCUCAUUUCAAACGGCAAAUCUAUUUUUCUUAAAGAUAUGAGAACAUAGAGGGGACCAGUUGAAAAGUGAUUGUUCGGGACGUCUUUGCGUGUUGCAUGUGCGGACCCGAUGUGAUGCUACGAAUGCUCCUGAGGUGGGAAUUGACUCGCGGUUUGGAACGGAGUUUCCAAAGUUCUGCGACGCGGCUUUAGUCGCUUUGAAACAUCGAAUGAGCAGUGCCGGUCACUAAUAUUGAAACACGUGUUAUCAGUUUGGAUUUUUCACGGCUUUUGGAUACUCGCAAGUCAUCUUUUGGAAUUGACAGCAUUUCAAAUAGCCUAAACCAGGUUUCUGAGAAACCAGAAGGGCAAUGGAGUUUCACAUCACACUGGAUGCUCUGCCGUUUGUGUUUGCCCUGAUCUGCGUGACUUUAGGGUCGCGGCCGCGGCUGGAGGACGCCCCGCCCCGGAUCGUGGAGCACCCCUCCGACCUGAUCGUGUCCAAGGGGGAGCCGGCCACCCUCAACUGCAAGGCGGAGGGUCGCCCCAGCCCCACGGUGGAGUGGUACAAGGACGGGGAGCGGGUGGAGACGGACCGGGAGGACCCCCGCUCCCACCGCAUGCUCCUCCCCAGCGGCUCCCUCUUCUUCCUGCGCAUCGUCCACGGGAGGCGGAGCAAGCCCGACGAGGGCGUCUACGUCUGCGUCGCCCGCAACUACCUGGGGGAGGCGGUCAGCCGCAACGCAUCGCUGGAAGUGGCCAUUCUGCGCGACGACUUCCGGCAGACGCCCAGCGACGUGGUGGUGGCGGCGGGGGAGCCGGCGGUCAUGGAGUGCAUCCCCCCUCGCGGUCACCCCGAGCCCACCAUCUCCUGGAAGAGGAACAACAUGCGCGUCAACGACAAGGACGAGAGGAUCACCAUCCGCGGGGGGAAGCUGAUGAUCUCCAACACGCGGAAGAGCGACGCGGGGAUGUACGUGUGCGUGGGCACCAACAUGGUGGGCGAGAAGGACAGCGACCCGGCGGAGCUGGUGGUCUUCGAGCGGCCGAUGUUCCUGCGGAGGCCCUUGAACCAGGUGGUGCUGGCGGAGGACACCGUGGACUUCCUGUGCGAGGUGCACGGGGACCCCACCCCCACCGUGCGCUGGCGGAGGGAGGAAGGGGAACUGCCCCGGGGAAGGUCCGAGAUCCGAAACGACAACACCCUGCGCCUGACCCAGGUGCGGGCGGAGGACGAGGGCACCUACACCUGCGUGUCGGAGAACAGCGUGGGGAAGGCCGAGGCCUCGGGCACCCUGCAGGUCCGAGUCGGCCCAUUCCUCCCCCCACAGAUCGUGAUCCGACCCCGGGACCAGAUCUCCGCGCCGGGGCGCACCGUCACCUUCCUCUGCGGGACCAAGGGCAACCCCCCGCCGGCCGUGUUCUGGCAGAGGGAGGGGAGUCAGAUCCUGCUGUUUCCCAGUCAACCGCCUUCACAGUCCGGAAGGUUCUCUGUGUCCCUGAGCGGGGAGCUGACCAUCACCGAUGUCCACGCCGAGGACUCUGGGUACUACAUCUGCCAGGCCAUCAGCGUGGCAGGGAGCAUCCUAACCAAGGCCCUGCUGGAGGUGGAGAACGCCCCCUCCGACCGCGUCCCGCCCAUCAUUCGCCAGGGCCCGGCCAAUCAGACGCUGGCCCUGGGAGCCACCGCUCAGCUGCAGUGCCACGUGAUGGGCAACCCCUCGCCCAGCAUUCAGUGGGAGAAGGAUGGCCGGAGGAUUCUGGGAAACGACGCCCGCAUUAGCCUAAUGGAAAAUGGCACUUUGCAGAUCACAGUACUGCAGGAAACGGAUUCCGGGGUGUACACCUGCGUGGCCUCCAGCUCCAGCGGGGAGACGAGCUGGAGCGGAAUUCUCACGGUGAAAGAAGGCGGAGCCCCCUCCGUUCCUCAGGUCUCGGAGCCCAUCCAGCUCCCGGGCCCGCCCCAGAAGCCCAUCGUGACGGACGUGACCCGGAACAGCGUCACGCUGACCUGGCAGCCCAACGCCCACGAGGGGGGCGCGGCCGUCACGUCCUACAUCAUCGAGGCCUUCAGCCAAUCAGCGGGCAGUACCUGGCAGACGGUGGCGGAUCUGGUGAAGACGGAAAAGCACACGGUCAGCGGCCUGUACCCCAACACCAUCUACCUGUUCAUCGUCCGAGCGGUCAACGCCUACGGCCUGAGCGACCCCAGCCCCAUCUCCGAGCCUGUCCGCACGCAGGACGUGAGCCCGACGGGCCAGGGCGUGGACCACAGGCAGGUCCAGCGGGAGCUGGGCGAGGUGGCGGUGCAGCUGCAGGAGCCGACGGUGCUGACCGCCUCCAGCGUGCAGGUGGCCUGGACGGUGGACCGGCAGUCGCAGUACAUCCAGGGCUACCGGCUGCUGUACCGGCCCACGGGGGGGUCCUGGCUGGUGCAGGACGUGAAGGCCGCCCCCGAGCGCAGCGCCGUCAUCGCCGACCUGCGCAAGGGCACCGAGUACGAGAUCAAGAUCCGGCCCUACUUCGACGAGUUCCAGGGCAUGGACAGCCAGCCGCUGCUGGUCCGCACGCCGGAGGAGGUUCCGAGUGCUCCUCCUCAAAGUGUUACUGUAGUGACAGUGAAGUUGAGCAACAGCUCAAGCAUCAGCGUUUCCUGGGAGCCACCCCCCGCAGAAGCACAGAAUGGAAUCAUCCAGGAAUAUAGGGUCUGGUGCCUCGGAAACGACACGCAGUCGCGGUACCACGUCAACAAGACGGUGGAGGGUGACGUCAUGACGACGGUGCUGAAGGGCCUGCUGCCCGGGAUCCUGUACCAGGUCGAGGUCGCCGCGGUGACCAGCGCGGGAGUGGGUGCCCGCAGUCAGCCUGUCUCCGUCCUCAUGAAGCUCCCCGCCGAGCAGGCCCCCGCCCCGGCCGAGCCCGAGGAGAACGUGAGCCUGGCGGAGCAGAUCACGGACGUGGUGAAGCAGCCCGCCUUCAUCGCGGGCAUCGGCGGGGCCUGCUGGGUCAUCCUCAUGGGCUUCAGCGUGUGGAUCUACUGCCGCCGCAAGAAGAGGAAGGAGCUGAGCCACUACACCGCCUCCUUCGCCUACACCCCCGCAGUCGGGUUCCCACACGGAGAAGGAUCAGGACUCGGCGGAAGGCCGGGCAUGCUGGGUAACAACAUGGGCAACUACCCCUGGCUGGCUGACUCCUGGCCCACCACCAACCUGGUGCACAGCGGAAAGGACUCGGUCAACUGCUGCACCAGCAAGCACGACUCCACGGAAAGAUACUACAACGAAGCGGGAAUCUCCAAUUAUCUGAACCAGAACGAGAAGUACAGCUCUGGGUCCACCGAGGGCCCGAUCUACAGCACCAUCGACCCGACCGGCGAGGACCUGCGGGCGUUCGGCGCGCCCUACUCCCAGCACACCACGCCCUACGCCAGCACCCCCGUCAUGCCCUUCUCCGGCCCGGGCCCCUGCAGCCCCCCCGAGCAGGACGGGGGCCACUGGAUGGUCCAGCCGGGGCCCUCCGGGGCCCAGUACGCCCAGCCCGAUCGGUCCAGGGCAGAGAACGUUGCAGGGAAACAGGGGAAGCCGAAGUCGAUGGGGAAGCCGGUGAAGACCCCCUCGCUGAACUGGGUGGAGGCUCUGCCCCCGCCCCCCAGCUCGGCCGAACUGCAGUCGUGCUCGGAGGGGGCGGAGAGGGACGCCGACGACGAGGACCUGGGGUCCGACGAAGAGGACUGGUGUCCGCCCCUGCCGGAGAGGACGUACCUGAUCGACGAGGUCCCGGACGACGGCCCCGCCCCGCCCCCGCGGGGAGACGCCUCGUCCCCCGCCACCUCCUACAGCCACCAGUCCACGGCCACGCUCACCCCCUCCCCGCGCGAGGAGGGGCGGCCGUGCGAGGACAUCCCGCGCCUGCACCACUUCGACGUCCCGCAGAUGGCACGCAGGUUGCCGUGCGGACCGGUCCCAGUGCCGCGGGCCCCCAGCCCGCCCCUCACCCAGUCCAACCCCAACCUCUCCGCCAAUCACGAGGGCCCGGAGGCGGGGACCCCCCAGCGCUCCGCCCACCGGCGGGACCUCAGCCAGGGGGCAGCGCUGAGCACAGAGAACAUCAGCGCAGGCCGAGCUCGCCCCUCACCCGCAGGGGACACGCACACACCCCCAGGACAGAAGUCCAGAACCAAAAAGAAGACCUCAAAAAGCGGGCAGUACAGGAGAGAGCUGAACCAAGGAGAUCUCCCCCCUCCCCCCGAGCCCCCCCCUGCAGACGAGCUCCUGCGGCCUCUGGACUGUGGUCAGACCUCACUGGACAGAGAAGGGAACGCAGUGUCAUCAAUGGACAGGAGAGGAGAGCACAGCACCCCCCACAGGAAGGGCGUGGCACAGCGACGCAAAGAAGCAGAGGAAGACAUAGUCCCUUACAACAAACCGAGCUUUGUGGCCCGGGGCCAGAUGUCAAGCAACUGUUCCACGACAGGAAGCUCGUCAUCGCGAGGGUCCACGGGGUCGCGGGGCCCGGGGACGGGCCGGAAGCGGAACGAGGAAAUGAGAUAAAAGGAAGCAGAUGAUUUGGCAUAGUUCUUCUCUCUACCAUCCUGUUUUGCCUCCAUGUUCUAAUGUAUUUCAUGAACACGCCUCUUUCCAUGGAAUAAAAAAGUGCGGGAAAAGAAGAAAAGAAGAAAAGUGUACAGGAUUAAUGUCAAAUUUGAACAACGGACUUCAAUCUUUUUUUUUCUUUUUCUAAAUAUUAUUUAUGAUUCCUGGGUUGCGUGCGUCCGCCGUCUCACGUCCAUGUGUACAUAGACAUUUCUGUAAGGUUUCUACGUUAGUCCCGUACGCAGGGAAAGAGAAUAUAUUGUAUUUAUAAAAAAUGAAAUGUGUAAAAAAAAAAAACACACAAAAAAAAAAACAAGAAAAAGGUCCGAUAUUAUAAAGUCAGUGUCUGAACGUGCCAACAUUUUUGUAGAAAUGUACAACUUUCGAAAAGCAUAAAUACUAUUGCACUCUUUGUUGUGACGAAGAACAACAAAAACACGAAGCACAAUCCGUGUGAAGCAGCCUGCCAGGUAGCCCAACUUCCCCAGCGUCGCUGUUGCCGCCUUUGCCUGUCCGUCCCUGUGUUUGGAUCCCUGUUGUCGUGGUCCGAUGAGAAUGUGGUUCCUCUUUUUGUUUUGUUUUGUUUCUUGAACAAUUAAUUCUUUUUUUAUGGCAAGCUUCUGACUCAAUGGCCAGUGGAAGAAAGCAGAAAUCCCACCCUUCUGAAAACAGUGAAGAAAAUGUAUUCCAUUUAAACACCAAAAUUGAUCCGUUAAUGUCGACUGACUUUUUUUUUGGUAGUCUUGUUGUUUUGUAAAAAAUACAAUAAAGUAAAUUUGUUAAGCUA